AUGGUCGGUCCGAUAUCGUCCCUCACCCCCCUCACACGCGCCGACGGCUCGGCCUCCUACAAAUGUCCGUCGACCGGUUCGAAUAUCCUGGGCUCGGUGAAUGCUCCGAUCGAGCUGCCAGGCCGUCGGGAUGCUCUCAAGCCCGAGGAAGCGACCGUGGAAGUUUUCGUCAAGCCUGGUACUGCGCCCGGAGGGGUUGGGGAGCGAUACGUCGAGGGAAUCAUCAAGACCAUUCUCGGACGAUUGAUCCUGGGUAGAGAAAAAUCAUACGCUAGACGAGGAGUGGUGGUCACGUUGGCGAUCGUUGGUGGUGAAAGCGUCAGCAGAGGAGACUCGUAUCUUACUCUUCUGCCUGCUCUGCUCCAAACCUCCCUCCUUGCACUAUUGUCCGCCGCUGUCCCGUUGUCCAUGACCUACUCUGCGACCGUGCUGGGGGUUGAUUCGUCGGGGAAGCUGAUUCGGGAGCCGUCGCCCAAGGACGCCCAGUCGGCCACCUCCCUCCACGUGCUCGCUUUCUCCUCCAAGGGACAUCUUUUGCUCAACGAAAGCCAAGGCUCAUUUGACUUUGAAACGUGGGAGAGGGUGCGCGAACGGGCUCUGACCAUCUGUCAGGGGACCUUGACGAGCAGCUCCGACGGGGACAUAGCGAUGGCGGAGGAUGCGGACGGCCAACCAUUGGAAGGGACUGUGCGGGAGGCCGUCGAGGACAAACUUCACCAAGACUACGCGUGGAAAAUCGAUGCGGCUUGA